CACACAGCUCAAAGGAUUUAAUACCUUGGACAACUUGGAGGCAGCACUCAAAUAUCAGAAGAGGCCAGAGCACUUUGAAAGAAGCAAGAGCGGAGCACAGAGAACUGUGAACAGAGAAGCUUCUGAAUUCUUGAGCCAUUGGACUGCAUCAAGAUGAUGAAAAAAGCCAAGGUUUUAGAUCCAACUGCUGCCGGGCAAGGCGGACUGGAAAUUCUACCUCUCAAGAGACAAGGCAUCAAACGGAGAUCUAAGGUUCCCGGUGUUAUGAUUACACAGUACAUUGAGGAACUUCCUGAGGGGAUGACAACUCCAGACUUCACACGUAAACCCAUCGCUUUAACCAUUCAAGAAGGAAAACUAGCCAUUUUUAAAGCCAAAGUGACUGGAAACCCAGCAGCCACUGUAACCUGGAAAAGAGCAAAAGGAGAAAUGAAUGAUCCCCAAAAGUUUCAGAACAAAUAUGACCCAACAACUAAUGAACACACUUUGGAGAUACCUAAAGUGAGCAGUGAUGAAGCCGACACUUACAAAUGCUAUGCCUCAAACGAAUAUGGAAAAGCUGUUUGCACUGUUGUCCUAAAUGUAAUUGAAGUUGGAUUCAAAAGGAGCAAAGAAUUGCAAAAGGCUGACGCAGCUCCAGCAGGUGACCCAACAGAGUUGAGAAAGAUGCUCAGGAGAGGUGCUGGUAAAAAAGUUGAGGAGAAAAAGGAAGGUGACAUUGACGACUCUGUAUGGGAAUUGCUGCUGAGUGCUGAGAAGAAAGACUAUGAGCACAUUUGCAUCGAGUAUGGCAUCACUGAUUUCCGUGGCAUGCUGAAGAAACUGGCCAAGAUGAAGAAGGAAAAAGAAGAGGAGCAGGCACAGUUCAUCCAACAUCUCAGUAAUCUCAAGCCCAUUGAGGUGAAAUCUGAGGAUGCUGCAACCUUUGAACUGGAAAUGGAGCUCAAAGACCCCAACAGCCGCAUUUUUCUGUAUAAGGACGGCAUCAUGAUUCCAUUCAGCAAAGACAUUGAAGGCGAAAUAAAGCACGGUCUAAAACAAGUUGGCAAGAAGUACAUCUUCACUGUUAAAAGUCUCAAUCCAGAAGAUGCCGGAAUCUAUCAAGUGGAUGUUGAGGGUGUCAAUAUCUUUUCAACGGAUUUCAAGAUUCCCCCUGUGGAGUUUGCCCUGAAGAUCAAGGAGGUGACGGCCCAAGAGAGAGAGGAUGCCAUCUUUGAGUGUGUUUUAACUCAGCCCGUUAGUAAGAUUACUUGGACCCUAAAAAAUACACCUCUCUCUAACAAUGAAAAAUAUGAGAUUACUUGUUCUGAAGAUAAACUGGUCCACCGUCUGAGAAUUAUUGAUUGUAUGCCUUUGGAUGCUGGAAUCUAUGCUGCUAUAGCUGGCAUUAAGUCUAGCAGUGCUUGGCUGAUUGUAGAAGCUGACAAAGAUCCUGCAACAAAGGGAAAGAAGAAAGCCCGUAAAACCACUCAGGCAGGUGGUGGUGGUGAAGACUUGCUGAAGAUAGCUGCUGAGCAGGCAGAGAGGAACAAGAAGGAGAUAGCAGAAGCUUUGGAGGCUGCUAAGAAACUCCAGGCUGAAAGAGAGGCAGUAGAAGCUGAAGCUAAAGCCAGAGCUGCGGCUGAAGCCGAAGCGGCAAAAGCGGCAGCACAAGCGGCAGCAGCGGCAGCAGCUGCCGCAGCUGCGGCUGCUGCUAAAGCUGCACAGGAUGCACUUGCUGCAGCUAAAGCCAAAGGUAAAUCUGAGGCUGAAGCUAAAGCCGCAGCAGAAGCAGCUGCUCGGGCUGCAGCAGCUAAAGCCAAGGCCAGUGCUGAGGAGGAGGCCAGGAAGCAGGCUGAACUCAAGGCUUUAAGUGAAGGUCUGAGUGCUGAGCAAGCUGCUGCAGCAGGGGUUGCUGCAGCUGCUGCAGCAGUAAGUAUUGGGAAGGAUGGAGCAGCAGGUGGAGUUGGAGGUGGUGCUGCAGCUGGAGGAGCUGGAGGAGCCGGAGGUGCUGGUGGAGCCGGAGGAGCUGGAGGAGCCGGUGGAGCAGAAGGUGCUGGUGGAGCCGGAGGAGCUGGAGGAGCCGGUGGGGCUGGAGGAGCUGGAGCUGCUGGUGGGGCCGGAGGAGCUGAUGGUUCUGGAGGAAGCGGUGGUGAGGGAGGAGAUGGAGGAGACAAGAAGCGUCAAAGAGCAGGACCUCUUGUACCAGAGACUGUCGUAGGAAACUCAAACACACCCAGCACAGUUCCAGAUGUGAGCAUGGAAGGGGAAGCCAAGGGCCGUACUCGUGUAAGACAAGGCCCACUGACACCAGACACAGUGACUGGUGGAGGUAACCCAUCAGAUAAAGAAAAACCAGCAGGGUCUGGCAAACCAUCAGGUUCCGGUAAUCCAUCAGGUUCCAGUAAUCCAUCAGAUUCCGGUAACCCAUCAGGUUCAGGAAACCCGUCAGGUUCUGACAACCCUUCAGGAUCCGGUAACCCGUCAGGGUCCGGUAGCGCUUCAGGUUCUGGGGACCCACCAGGCCCAGGGAAGCCACCAGGUCCCGGAGGCCCAUCAGAGGGCAGCACUGAAGCUACAGAGGAAGAAAAAGGAGCUGAAGAUGAAAAGGACGAGUCAGCUAAAUUUGGCAAGCGUUCAGGCCGUAAAAAACAAGACCCACAGGUUCCGGGGACAGUUGUUGAUCCUGGUGUUCACUUUUCUGCUGGGCUGGAAGACUGCAAAGCUAUUGUGGGAGAGGCAGCUGAACUUGUCUGCAAACUUAGCAGUGCUGACUGUAAAGGUGUCUGGUCCAAAGAUGGCAAUGAGAUUACUGCCUCCACUGAGGGUAUGACUAUCAGUAAAGAGGGAGUGGUUCACAAACUGACAAUUACUAAAGUAACAGAAGAAUUUGCUGGAAAAUAUCGAUUUGAGGCUGAUGGGCGUAAAACCGAAUGUGUGAUUGCUGUUGAAGAUCCACCAAGAUUCAAUGCCAAGGAAAUUGAAGCAUUUGCAAACCCGAUUGUGGUCAAACACAAUCAUAAAGCCACCUUCAAAAUUCCAUUUAUUGGCCAUGAGCCAUUCAAAGUCCAGUGGUACAAAGAUGGUGAAGAGCUCACGCCAGACUCUCACUGCAAGAUUGAGAUUUCAGAGGCUGAAAGCCGCCUGCUUCUCACCAAAUUACAGCGUAAAGACACCGGGGAAAUAAAAAUCAAAGUCAAAAAUGAGUUUGGCACAGUUGAAGCCAUUUCUAAUCUAGUGGUACUUGAUAAACCUACCCCCCCACUUGGACCACUGGAGAUCGUUGAAGCAUCUGCCAACUGCAUUGAGGUCAAGUGGAGACCACCAAAAGACAAUGGUGGUUGCCCUAUUAAACAUUACAUACUUGAGCGUAACCAAAUUGGACGCAACACAUGGAAAAAGAUAGGCCUGAUCCCAAGUGAAGCCCAUUACAGAGACACUGAUGUUGACCAUGGCAGAAGAUACUGUUACCGUAUCAGAGCCGAGACUGAUGAGGGCAUCAGUGAACUGAUGGAGACUGAGGAUGUGCAAGCUGGCACUAAAGCAUAUCCUGGUCAGCCAUCUGCUCCUAAAGUAGCCAGUGCCUUUAAAAACUGCAUUAACCUGGCAUGGACUCCUCCAACCAACACUGGAGGAACCAGUAUUUUGGGUUAUAACUUAGAGAAACGCAAGAAGGGCAGCAACUUGUGGGGCCAAGUCAAUCCAACAGAUCAGCCAAUCCAAGCAAAGAAAUAUGCUGUAAACGAUGUAGUUAAAGGAAUGGAGUACGAGUUCCGUGUGUCUGCCAUCAACAUAUCUGGAGCUGGUGAACCAAGUAUCCCCUCAGAAUUUGUGUUUGCCAGAGAUCCCAAAAAACCCCCUGGUAAGGUCAUUUACUUUAAAGUGACAGACUCCACCUACACUACCUUGUCCUUGUCUUGGACUAAACCAAAAGAAGAGCCUGGUGUUCAGGAUGAGGCCAAGGGAUACUUUAUUGAUGUCAGGCCUGCUGAGAACACAGAAUGGGAUCGAUGCAACACAAAUGCCAUCAUCAUGACCUCCUACACUGUAAAGGGACUGAAAUCAAUGGCCAUGUAUUGGGUUAGACUGAUCGCCGUCAAUGAAGGUGGAGAGGGUGAGCCACAGGAGCUGGAUAACUACAUCUUGGCUAUGCCUCCUCCAGUGAGACCGAGAUUCACAGAUUCUAAGAUCAAGAGCUUCAUGGUGGUCAGAGCUGGAAAUUCUGCACGAUUCAACAUCAACUUUGAGGCUUCCCCGUGUCCUGAUGUCAUCUGGCUUAAAGAUGGUUCCCCUGUGUCCAAACAUGCCACUAUAAGCAAUGCUGAGGGAGGCUCUCAGAUCCUGAUCCCAUCUGCAGAUCGCUCCGAUACAGGAAUCUAUACCAUCAUAGUCAAGAACAUUGUGGGACAAGAGACCUUCAGUAUUGAGAUUAGAGUUACAGACGAGCCAAAGCCCCCAGGCCCCGCAGAGUUGGAUGAGAACGUUCCGGGCACGGUGACAGUUUCCUGGGAACCAUCCCCAGACGAGAAACGCGAUGAUCGCCUGCAUUACAUGGUGACCAAGAGAGACUCCAGCAAGAGGACCUGGCACACUGUAGCUGACCGUAUCUUCAACAACCGUUUCACAGCAUGUAACAUCAUGACAGGGAGAGAAUACCAGUUCCGUGUGUACUCCAAAAAUGACAUUGGCCUGUCUGCCCCUUCGGAGUCACCAAAAUGGCUUAUCACAUGCAAGAAAGAAAAAUUCACACUGAACAUCCCAGAGUCAAAGACCUGCAACUUGGAGAGUCCUCCGAGGUUUAUGGUCCCCCUGAAAAUCCACACAUCCCCGCAAGGCUACGAGUGCUACAUGACCUGUGCCGUGAGGGGCAACCCCACACCCCACGUCACCUGGUACCGCAACAACGUCAGCCUCAACACUAACACCAACUACUACAUCACUAACACCUGUGGAGUGUGCUCCAUGCUCAUUCUCAGGGUUGGAGCCAAAGACAUGGGAGAGUAUAAAGUCAUAGCUGAGAGCCCGCUGGGAAGAGCAGAGUGCACCACCAAUCUGACAGUGAGAGAAUAAAACCUUGACAUGGGGAGGAUGUCAAAUCACUGUUGUGUUUUUUGGAUUUUAGGCCCUUUGUAGAGCUACAGCAUCGAGUAUUUUUGCAGAAAGAUGGCUCAUGAAAACGCUACACAGUGUGGCCUUAUGAGAAAAAAAUUGUAGAAUCAAAUGCAUGUGAAAAACUACGUAUCGUCUUACUGUGUUUAAUAGCACAAAAACCUGAAAACAUAAAGAAAAAAACUCUGUAUUGUGCCGCUUGGGUGGCUGAUGCUUAAUUCGCCAUGCUUACCUAAUCCUGUUUGGCAAUGAUUUUAUUUCAGCUUAGUUCAGGUUUAGGGGGGUUUUAUUGUUCUUGUACGCUAUUUAAUUAAUUAGUUAAUUUAUUCUUGGCUUUUGUGCACGUACGCUGCUAUUUUCACAAAUUCAAUUACAGUACACUACAGUACGGUAAAAAAAAAGUGUAAAGUGCUGAUUUCUUGCAUCCAUUUUUUUCUUUUUGCUUGUCUGGAAACGCUAAAGUGUAAAAGAAGCUUUUGCUUCUUCAGAUAUGCUUUAUCAGCAAAAAUGGUUUGGUGUAAAUAAAUAAAAUAUUCAGGUUCUUUGA